UUGGUGUCUGAGCUGCAGCCCACACCCAAAUUCCCUCCUCAGAGGCCUCUCCCCUUGAGCCCUACCAGAGCAGUCUCCCCCCAAGUGAGUCCAGUCCCGACCUCACUCUCCAAAGUCCCUCCAGGCCUACUGGUCAUGAUGCCCUCAGCAGCAGGACCGAAACCUGUGGGCAAAGUCUCUGCCAUCCCACCUUUGAGAGCUAUCAGACCGGUUCCAGGCACCAAAUUAAACACAGCUUCACAUCCAGCAUGAAAAUGAUCUUCUUCUGGCCUCUCCUCUCUGUUUUGAGGUGGCAGUAGCUGACAGCCUAUUUGCACUAAAGAGACUUUGGCUGUUGAACCACAGAGAUCUCACAGAAGUUAGAGGAGAACAAAACACAAAACUGAAAAUGGAGAGACAGAGGAGCAAACUAACUUAACCACAAUGAUUAAGUGGUCAAGUGGUUGUGCAAAUAAGCCUUGCAGACUAACACAAGUGUAAUUGUUGGGGGAUGGUCAAAUUUACCCAGUUAAUUUUUAGGGUUUUGUUUUGUUUUUGCUAAUGUCCGUCUAUAAAAAUGCAUUUUGUACUGACUUAUGUUUUGUUUACAGUUUGUUUCGUGUCACGUGGUAUGAUUUAUUAUAUCCACCAAAGAGAUCUCGUCAUUCCUGAGUAGGGAUGGGUACCGGUUCUGACAUAAACGGUAGUAACCAGACCGAAAAGCAGCGCACAUUUCGGUGCUUUAUUUCGGUGCUUUCUUUUCCUGAGAUGUCAUACACU